UUGACGCUGACAAUGAUUUCGGAUAUGUCACUUUUUAUUGUCCUUUUUUCGUGGUGAACAUGGAUAUUUUCAAUUUGAUAAUAAAUUAGAUAUAAUGGCUUCUUCGGUGCAAAACAAUCGAGUAUCACCGCCCGGAUAUUGUGUGUGUUGUCGUGUGUGCAAUAUGUGGUGUUGGAGAGCUUUCAAAUGGCUCCCUGUAUUGUUAAUUGUGUCAAUCGUAACUUGGUCCUAUUAUGCCUACGUUUACCAGUUGUGCAUUUCUACGAUUGAGAGUACAGUUCAAGAAUGUGUGUAUUUGGUGUUAUAUCACAUACUGCUGAUAAUGUUUGCCUGGUCCUACUGGAGAACUAUAUUUGCUGAAAUAAAACAAAUUCCAGAGAAGUACAAACUGCCUGAAGUAGAAUUAGAAAAAUUGCUUAGUGCCGAAUCAGAGGAUGCUCAAAGGACAAUAUUGGAGAAUUUCGCCAAGGAUCUUCCCAUAGUCACUAGGACGAUGUCAGGCUCGGUGCGUUAUUGCAACCGCUGCGUGUUAGUGAAGCCGGACCGCGCGCACCACUGCAGCAUAUGCGCUCGCUGCGUCCUCAAGAUGGACCACCACUGCCCGUGGGUUAACAACUGCGUGUGCUUCCACAACUACAAGUUCUUCAUGUUGUUCCUCGGCUACGCACUCAUCUACUGUCUCUUCAUCAUGGCCACGUGCCUGCCAUAUUUCAUUAGGUUUUGGAAGAUGUAUCAGAAAUACAAGCAUGCCCACUGCGACCGUUUAGUCGAAAACGGCACUUAUACUAAAAUUUGCAUGGAUUUGAUUAACGGUGAUUUCGGCACCGCGGCGAGCACUGGCAGAUACCACAUUGUGUUCGCUUUCUUCGUGUCUCUGAUGUUUGCCAUAUCUCUGGGCUCGCUAUUCGGAUACCAUUGUUACCUCGUCGCGAAUAACAGGACUACAUUGGAAGCGUUCCGAGCGCCGAUGUUCCGCAGCGGCGCGGACAAGAACGGCUUCUCCAUCGGUGCUUUCAACAACUUCAAGGAAGUGUUCGGCAACAGCCCAAACCUUUGGUUGGUGCCAGUGUUUACCAGUUUCGGCGACGGCAUCGUGUAUCCCACGCCACGUGACGACGAGGAAUCUGAAUCCCUACUCAGUUCGGAGCGGUGGGAUAGAUGGGGAGAGCGAGCGAGGCCCUUCGACGAGAGGGAGAGCUCGAGCUUCGACGAACUAUGAGUGUAAACCACGGCCACAUAGGCUUGAAGGCUUGACGGACUGAUAAAAGGAUUGACGGAGUUUUCAACAGGUUCAGCUGAGGCCUAUUUGCCAUACCUUUCCGUUUGAAUAGAUAUUAAGCAUGACAUUUAUCUCUUUGUUAUAAAAGAUUAUUUAUUAUCGCAAUUUUCUGUAAGUUUUAGAUUUUUAAUAAACUAUGUGGCAAGAUUCAUUCAUUCAUGUAUGUUGUAUAAUGAUAAUGUGUGAAUUAAUUCAAGGGUAAUUUGAGUCAUGAUGAAACAAUUUCAUGUGGAUUUGUUUGUGCUUGACGUUUCGAUUGUCUAUUAACUUUCUGUAUUAGCUGUUUAUUUUCACGUUUGCUGUGUGGGUAGUUUGAUUUUAUACAAAUGAUCGUGGUACCCGCAAGCGAAAACUGCAUGAUACAGAAAACUAAUUUUUAAAGUGUUUUUCUAAGUUUUCACACAAGCUACGUCACAAUUCAGUAAUUAUCACAAACAUUGCGGCGUAUCUUAAAAAUAUCAUAUUUUUUAAAAAUACCAUCUUAUAACGAUUUCAAAACGUUCAAUCUAAUUAAGAUAAUCGUAAAUCCAAGCCUGCUUUAUGUGGCCGUUGACAGCGUCCAUGAAAAUCAAUGUGUAAUAAUUGGUGCUGUUUGAAUUCUCAAUGAAUUCAAAUUAUAAUGGAAAUUUAAUGUUAGUGUAGAUAAGUGCUUCUUCUUAUCACGAAAAUAGUUGAAAAUGUUUACCAAGUGUAUGUGUGAAAACCAAUCUAUGUGUGAAAUUGUGUCAUAAAUAAUUGAGUAUUGUGGAUAAAAGUCCUUUCGCCACUGUUGUUAAUUAUUAAAAUGGAGACUACAUUCACAAAAUCUGGUUUCUAGUUUAAUAAAUUUGUAGGCGCGUGUAAUAUACUAUUAAAGUAUAUGUAUAUUAGUCGGAAAUAUUAUCUCAAACAAAAAUGUAUCACAAAAGGUGGUUUUCUGAGGAAAGUAUAACCUCUCUCGUCGUACCUUUGGAAUUCUUAUUCCGCCCAAACAUGUUAGAUGUAGGUAAUCGGAAUAACUUUGAUUGCUUAUUAAUGUGCUAAAUUAUCUUUACGGUGUUGUGUAAUGAAAAAAAAAACUAAUUGAUCAUUAAUUUGAUACAGGAUUAUUCACAAUAUUUUGUACAAAUCAACUGGUAGAUUUUUGUCAUUAUAUUUUAAUUAAAAAAAUGGAAUGUAAGUACUUAAAUCAUAUAUUCAGUGUGUUAUGCAUUGGGAUUUGUUAAGGUCAUAUUCUAUUGCGGGAGUGUUGAUAAAAAAUUCAACUGAUAUAAUGUAUCGUAUGUGAUUUCAAUGCAUGUCCCUAAAUAUUUUUUUAAAUGUAGACUAAAAAUUUGAGCGACAUGUAUUAACUAAAAUAUGACAUUUAUUUUUCAAUAGUCUCCUUAAAUCAUUAAAUUUAAAUAUCACCAUUAAAAUAAAAGUGCUUAAACUUUUUGAUGAGACUGCUAAAUUAUGCGAAAUAAAACAACUUUAAAAUAUUUAGAAGACGAUAAAAAAUAUAAAGAUAUUGACUAAGAUAUAAAUAAUAAUAUAUGCCAAUGGGCAAAUGUUUAAUUCACUAAUUCGUAUGAAAAUAAUUAUAUAUUAAAAGAUAUAGGAAUCGAUGACUCGAUUGGUUAAACAAUAAAUAGUUUAUUAAUUACAACUUAACAGCUAUGACUUUUUUAAACUUAGGUGUGCAAAGCAGAUUUACUGAAUACUUUAUUAUUAAGUUUCUUUAUAAUAUUUUUUGUUAGAUAUAAAAAAAUGGAAUAAGGAAUUAUAAAUAAAAUACAGAUGCUAUUUCAAAGAAGCUGGGUAGGUAUAGCAAUGGGAGCAUGUGAUGUUUCGCAUCUUGGAUCCAUGCUGCGUCUAUUAGUUUAUUUUUUACAAGAGUAAGAUCAUGACAGUAUUUAAAUCUUAAGAUAUAUUGAACAGUGAAUGUUGCUAUACUUCAAAGGUUCGAGGUUCUAAUUAUAUACGCUUCGAGGCACGUUCGCCAAUCUGAACAAACCCUAGGAAAUGUUCUAUGCGUGUAUAAUUUAGUUUGUUUAUAAUUAUAAGGUCAAAUUAUAAAGUAUAUGAUUUUUGUAGGUGAAAUUAUAUCUGAUGUGUGUGCAAAUGUAUUUUAAGUUUAUAGUACUUAACUGAGGCAAUAUUUUAAUAUAAAUUUAAGACAUGCUUUGAUUGUUAUAAUGGAAUUGUGGAAAACCGUAGGACUUCGAAAAUAUAAGUGUGCUUUUAAGCAUAGAACCUG